AUGAGUGAUGAAGAACUUGCCAGUGCUUCCCCUAAUAUUCUUAAAAGAAAGCCAGAUGAUGAUGAGAAAUCGCUCGAGGCGGAGAUUAAACGUGUUGCCUUAGAUGACGAUUCUCCACCUGUAACACAUAUUCCAGACUAUGUUCACAUGCGGAUGUUAUGCUUGGUUAAGCAUGCAUCGAUGGUGGUUGGUGCCAAGGGUGAAAGGAUAUCACGGAUCAAGGAGGACACUAAGACAAGGAUUAAUGUGUCGGAUAAUAUUAAAAAUGUACCAGAGAGGGUAGUAUACUUAAGAGGGUCAUGUGAAGAUGUUGCUAAAGCUUUUGGUAAGAUCUCACGUGCUAUUAACGAUGAAGAUGAUCGAGAAUCAAAUGAGAGGUCGUUACCGUUGACUGUGAACUUAUUAAUACCCCACCACUUAAUGGGCUACGUCAUUGGUAAACAGGGAUCUCGUUUAAGAGAAAUCGAAGAUCUCAGCGCCGCCAGGUUAGUGGCAGGUCCGCAGCAGCUUCCAAUGUCCAAUGAUAGAGUGUUAUGCAUUACUGGUGUCGCGGAUGCAAUUCACAUUGCCACGUACUAUGUGGGUCAAACAAUUUUGACUUGUGAGCCCAAAUAUAAAAACAAGAAGACGAUUUUCUACCAACCAAACCCUUUACAUUCAGUAUUGGUGAAUAAUUAUGGUAUUGCUAUACAGCACCAGCAGCACCAUCAGUACCAUCCUGGGGACAAGAUAAAAAGGUCCAAAUCUCGCAUGUCACCGGUAUUGCCCCCGACACCCAACGAAAUGAUGCUUCAGCCAUCUCAUAACAAUGGAGGUGUGAUUCCAAUUGGACCCUCUGGAUCUACAAUAUCUAACUCUACAAGUGCUGUUGUGCUGCCUCACGUAAGAAUUGUAGAAAUCAUGAAUCCGCAACCUCAAGUAACUCCCGUCGUUCAGGAAAUCUUUAUUGAAGAUUCAAUGGUCGGUAAUGUCAUUGGAAAAGGUGGAAAGAGUAUUGCACAGAUCAAAGGAUCUACAGGUUGUUCGAUACAAAUAUCCGAACCUAUACCUGGAUUGAGAGAACGUAAAUUGACAAUUAUUGGAACACCGAUCGGAAAUCAAACUGCUGUCAUGAUGAUAAAUAACAAGAUAGAUAUCGACAAGAGAACUCAACAACAGAGAAAUAAACAGCAGCACAAUGUACAUUUGAGAAACUAA